AUGCCUACUAGAUUAACUAAGACCAGAAAACACAGAGGAAAUGUUUCUGGUAUGUGAUGACGGAAAACGAGUCUUUGAAUUUGAGAAAAGGGAGAAAUUGGAGCAAAGUUUGCAGUUUUCAAGUGAAGUCAGCGAGGGGGAGGAGUGACAGUCGGAUGUGACUCUGGCUAGCAGCUUCCAUCAUCCACGAUUCAGCGGGAGCAAUCCUUUUACCAAAUAUCCAGCAAAGAUACAAUCGAGCAGCAUUCUCAAAAGCUAGUGGAAGCUAGCAUGCUUUUUUUUAUCAGCGUUAAUUUUGCAUUUCUGAAGCAUCCUGUGUCCUGCGGAUAUAGACGGCUUUAGUUCAGAUCCAGCUCCAGCUUCCCCGGGGCCUAUUCACCGCUACCUCAUCCUACUUCCAAUUUUACUCCAUUUUUGUCAGUUUCAUUAUUUUUCAGUGCAAAUCAUGAGCAGAAUUUACUAACAACUUUUAAUAGCCGGUAAGGGUAGAGUUGGUAAACACAGAAAGCAUCCCGGUGGUAGAGGUAAAGCUGGUGGUCAACACCACCACAGAACAAAUUUAGAUAAAUACCACCCAGGUUACUUUGGUAAAGUUGGUAUGAGAUACUACCACAAGCAACAAGGUCACUUCUGGAGGCCAGAAAUCAAUUUGGACAAAUUGUGGACUCUCGUUGACAGCGAUAAGAAGGACGAAUACUUGCAAUCAUCCAGUGCUUCCGCCGCUCCAGUUAUCGACACUUUGGCUGCUGGCUACGGUAAGGUCUUGGGUAAAGGUAGAUUGCCAGAAGUUCCAGUUAUCGUCAAGGCUAGAUUUGUAUCUAAAUUGGCUGAAGAGAAGAUUAGAGCUGUUGGUGGUGUUGUUGAGUUGAUUGCUUAA